AAGACGUAAUUGCAUAUCCAACUGUGUUCUCUAAAGCAACUAAUAUUGAAAUGGAAUAUGAAAGUAAGCUCAAGAUAGUGCCAAAGAAAAAUGAAGUUAAAGUAGAGCCAAUCCCAAUGGAAACUACUCUAGCAACACCAUCUAUUAAAACUAAGAGCACUGUUAACAACAUAAAAUUAAAAUUACAGGACAACCCUUGUAAGAGAAAUAUGGCAGAACAAGAA